GACGCGCGAGGGGAGACUGCGCCCAUCAUCAUCAUCAUCACACCGAGACCCAGCAGGCUGAACAAUGGCAGCAUCCAGCACCUGAUUCACAGAUGGAGACGUGCUGGAGCCGAUGAGUGCUCUUCGGCGGAGAUUUUAACACACGCUCCUGCUGUCAUCAGGGAUGGAGCGAUAGAGGAGCGCGAAUCAGCGGGCUCUUCUCCAUCACUGACGGGAGGCGCGUCCACCUGCUCUCUGACUGGAGGCCCGGGAUGCGCGAAAACAUGCACAAGUGCCUCUGAUAAGGGAAAUUAUUUGACCGGACGAGCCGUUUUGUGGCGAAGAGCUCUCGGCGUUAAGACGUAAACACUAUCUGGCAGCAUAAGGAAUGGGCAGGAGCGAUAUAAUGAAGCACCGCUCCAGCAGGACAGACUCCCAUUGAUGGACAGCAAACAGGCCCGGAUCAUCCCGCAGGCUUUGGGCUCAACAGAAACCAAUGAACUGGACCAGACGGGACCACAAACCGAAGAGUAAUCUAAAGCUGUAUGUGGCCGCAAAGCUGAAUGGUGUCACAGAUGCUGCCUUACACACAUCCUCCACAGCUGCUGCAGUGAGCACAAAGAGAGACCAUUCGUACUGCCUCAUUGCUAAAUUGGCCUUAAAGAAGUACCACUUACCAGGGCCACUGUCAACACAAACUCCUUUAGAGGACCACCCGACCAAUGAGUCCUCAAACGACUCGCUAUCCCUCACAUCCUGUGCUGCCAAGGGCUUGAGCCCCCUCAGCCUUCAAGAGAAACGCAGUCAGCGCCAUUUCACCAUGAUCGAACCCGCGAGCAUUCCUGGGCUCACGCAGGACUGUCUGAUUCAGCAGAGUCGCACCUGUCCCAGCUGCUUCAUUGAGACCAAGGAUACGUCCAAUGUAGAGGCCAGCAUCAACCUCAAAAUGGCCGACAUGAACCGAGACUACAGCACCUGCCCUAUCUCUGAUGUUAACAUGCAAUGCAUGAGCACAAGUGAGACGGCAAGUUACGGAGACCAGCUCCUCUCGGAUCAGCUUUUGAGCUUUCCUGUCCCCAAAACUCAGCUACUGGAGAAGAAGGACACAGAGAAAACAGACUUGGAUGAUUCGGCCUCCAAAAACCUGUAUGAGGGCCUGCUGUUAGACAAGUGCAAUGGAGAGGAUGGUUUGCUUACCAGUUCAAAUCAGGACUGGGGCUACUUCGAGUCCUUCAUUAGCGAGAGCAAGAUGGAAUUGCUGGAUCUCUGCUCCAAGAAUGAGCUAUCGGUAAAUCUCUUCUCUGAGGAGGACGUGGACAAUUACAUGUUCGAUGACGAUGACGACUCCACUCUGAGCAGCGACGUGUGCUCGUUAAAGAUCCGCUACGAGUCCUUCCAGGACAACAUGAGGGAGAAAACCAAUGUUCUGCAAGAAGAAACCCAGUUCAACUUUUUCCCGAGUGUCUUGGUAAACUGCACGAAGAAAGAGGGCGGUGUGGUAAAACGAACCGUGGAUGAGCUGCCACCUAAAUCAGAGGAGCUCGGAUUUCAAAAUGACAGCAAAGGGGAUGGAAAUGACUGCUCCGUGGAGCAGACGCCCGAUUACAGCCCCAAAAUGAACUACUUCAUUGAUUCGAGCAACUCUGCUGAUGACUCAGGGGAGUACAGUGAUGACAGCUCCUCCACCGUUUCCUCUUUUGACACCUUCCAAGACAACAGGCCCAAAAACUUGUUCUCACGAAAGAACGCAAGCUGCUCCAACCAUCUGAACUACGGAUUACGGGCCAAGAGAAAAGUCAGGUAUAGUGACGACUACUUGUAUUACGUCGAGUCCACCGAAGGAGAAAAAAUUGAAGCGCGGGAGAAGCCGCCGAUCGGCCCAAAACAAGAAGAGGAUCUUGACUGGUGCCCUAAAAAGAGACGAAAAUACUCUCGCAAGGAUCCACCUGUAAUAAUCAAAUACAUUAUCGUCAACAGGUUCAAAGGAGAGAAAUGCAUGGCUGUGAAGCUGGGCAGAAUCGAUUCGGCCGACGCGACUGUAAGCUUAAACGAGGAUACAAUCAACAAAUACGAGAAGCUCGCACCUCUGAAAGAUUUCUGGCAGGAGAAACAGAGAGAAAGAGAGGAACAGCUUAAGCUGGCAGCAGGAGAUAAACACAAUUCUCACCAUCAUGCCUUUAGUUCCAGUCCCCCCAAAAGGAAAUACAAGCUAGCAAACAGGCUUAGAAUUCAGAGAAUUCAAACUGUGGAGCAAUCACCCAACACGCAGGGCCCCUUUGCCUCUGAUCCCAGGCAGGAGGUUGCUUCUACAGAUGAAACUGCCUCCAUGGGAAUGCCAUUAACAAUAGCCACCAGCUGUGCAAGCACAUUAGACCCAAAUGACAUCAUACACACUGCCGCCCGGAAGAGCAGAUCACAAGAGAGGGAGGAAAGGAGAAUAGGGAAUAAAAUAUUCAGAAUACAGAAAUUCAGAAGCGAAGCCAGACUUAGGAGCAAGAAAAUGAGAGACCUUGUGGAGAAUAGCGAGAGCGUGACAGACCUGACAGAAGUUUGCUCGCUGCCGAAAAAUAUGGACGCAGUAGGAGGUGCCGAAGAUAAAAACGUCAGCCCAGCUGCACACAGUCCCCAUUUGUGUGAGAGUCAAACAGCUAAUGCCACUGAAAAAUUUGCCUUUGUGUCUAGCACCUGCUCCCCUAACAAAGAGGCACCGUCUGAGAAUGUGGCUGCUAGUGUUUCCGUUAUCCCGGGAGGCUACCUGCAAACGUUGUUAGAUGCCUCCGAUUCUUCAGGUAGCGCCGGCAUCCCGUUUUUCCCCCAGCAGACCCAGCACUCGCUGGACCUCUCUUUAGAAAAGCAGCAGUUCACCUCCAUUCAGCUAGCACAAAGUUGCGUCCUUUCUCCGCCAUCGGAGUCAGAGCUCCAGCAGUCACCCCAGAAUUGUCCGACUCUCACCCAGAUGUGGCACCCCCAGCUUGGUGCCAACCAGCAGUUUGCCCCCGCAGAUAUUGUAGAAUCUGCGAUCCAGCCCAACGGCUUCGCCGGAGAGAUGGCUAUGCCAUUGCCAGAGAGUCUGACCGUGUCAGGCUACAGCCAGCUGAGUCUGGAGAGCAACAGAAUGCUUUAUGAAAAGAAUUACAUGCCCGAGCAGCCGUUGCCUCCUGAUGCAGAGUUUCAGGCAUGUCAGGGGCAGCCACAGUUUCAAAGAGCCACACUGCACACCGACAACGGCCGGCUCAUCAGUUUCGACUCAGUUGGCUCGCUGUCAGCUACUUCUAGCAAUUACAGCUCUCUGAGCCUUAAGUCCUGCGAGAAAGAUGGCGAGGAUGAUGUGAACGAGAACUUUCUGGCCCACUGCAGUCCCAAACUGGUGAUUCAGCAAAGUAUCGAUGCAAUCACACCCCUGAGGGAGUCCACAGACUUGCUGGAUAUCUCCAACUUCACUCCGGAUAAAUUCAGACACACAUCAUUGUCAGAACUCUCUCCCCCAGAGACGCCUAAUUUAUCCCCUCAAGUUAUGGGCCGUGAGAUUAAGAUAGUCGGGAAGACUGCUGACCUCCAGGAUGGGGCCAAGAUGUCAUGCGCCAAAGACGUGGACUGGAACUGCAAGAUGAUCGAGCAGCAAGAUCUGGCUAGAUAUUCGGUGGAUGGCCACGAUUAUCAGAUGCACAUAUUUAACGGCGAAGACAACUUGAGCCUGGGGACGAAAGAGGAAAAUCUAGCCGACUUUGAUGGUGAUAUGAUGAGUGCAAUCAAGGGGUCAAAGGCGAAGAGGAAAAAUGGCAACAAACAAGCUGCAGGGCAGGGUACCAAAAAAAGCAAAGCCCCAAGAGCUCCCAAAACAGAGAAGGGCAAAAUUCCACGUCAGACUUCACGCGCGUCUAAAAAGUUAAAGGCUUUACUGGACGAGAAGGGUAAAGGCCAGACUGAGGGCAUUGCUCAUCCGCCGAAGGACGGCAGCUCUGAGGAUUGGACAGGAAUGGGCUGUUCCGAGAGCAAAAGUCAAGUCCACGAUGACCAGCGAGAGUUUGAAGAGCCAUCCAACAUCUUGUCAAAUAUUGUCUCAGGGAUGGCCGAAGUACAGAGAUUCAUGAUGGCCUCUGUCGAGCCAAUAUGGGGCCCUACAGCAAACAUCUGCCUGCCCUCAGAGGCUAACAGCCUCAAGUUAAAGACUCUCAAAAUCCUAGCAGGAACUUCAUCGGACCCCAAGAAGAAAGGCAAUUCGGCUGCUGGGGGCACAAAAGGCAGAAAAGGUGGAACGAAAGGUGGCAAAAACCAGGCCAAGUUCAAUGCCUCCUUACCGUUUUUCCCUCAGCUGGCUUUGGGCUGCAACAUGUUCGACAAGCCUAACCUUGGCGUUCCUGGUAUAAAUGGUCCCGCGCACAAAAAGAUGUACCGUCACAAAACCAGUGCAAAAUUCCCCCGGAUCGAAAAUCUAAAGGGCACGCGACCUGAGCGAGAGCCAAAUAAGGACAUAUCAUUAAUGGCUUCUUUUGAGAAACUGAGGUAAUAUUUUAUAUCUAGCUGCUGAUGCACGUUCCUCACUUUCCCACUUCCUCCUCAUUUCUUGACAUACCUACACUGACUCAAGACCAGAGAUGCAUGGAAUUACGUUAUUCUUUAGUACCCCCUCCUUGUUUUUGCCCCCCUCCCCCAAGAGGAUAUUGAUAUCUUGCAUGAGAAACUUCUUGUACUCGCAAACUACCUGUUGAUUGAUUGUGCAAGGCUUGAUUGAGAUUUUAAAUGACCAUGGCUGCAUUUUUCUUCUGCAUUCUUGUUUUUGCUAUUUUUUUCUUCGCAGUUGCUGAUUAGUUUUUGUCUGAAGAAAAGGAAAAAAAAAACUUUGAUAAGUGCAAAUUCUCUUUUUGGACCUUUUUUUGUUUAUUUCUCAGUGAAACUUGCUGCCCUUAUGUAAUUAUAUUUCUCUCUUCAAACAUGUAGCUAUUAUAAAAUGUCUUUGUGUGAAACAAUUCCCCAUUUGAUUAUGUAUGCUGAAACAGAUGCCCUCCUCUCUUUUUACCCUUUUACUGCCUGACUUUUUUAAGUGUGAAAUGCUCAGCCCCUUGUCUAGGAUAACAACAUCCUUGGUAGAUCCCUAAACAUUAACAGCACACAAUGGGACCAUUUUGUAUUUGAAGACAUAUCAGAUUAAUGUUGUUCUAAUUUCUUACUGUUGGAAUGUACUUAUGAUUUUCUCUUAUCUACUAUGCUUUUUACAGGAGUUGUACUGGAAAUUGUCUUAGAGGGACAUUUCUAUGCCAUGGAAAUCCCAAAACGCUUCAUUUUUGCUUUCUUUUUUAUACCUUCAUUUUAAUAAUAAUAAUAAUAAUAAUAAUAAUAAUAAUAAUAAUAAUAAUGAUAUUGAAUGAUAAUGAUUAUUGACUGGAAUAAUAUAUUACUACUAACAUUAUUAUUAUUAUUAUUAUUAUUAUUAUUAUUCAGUAACACUGUACAGAAAUGCACUGUUUAAAGCAAAACAUGAAUUCUAUCCGUGUGCCAAAUGUAAACUUUCUGUGCACCUUUAUAAUCUGUAUGAAUACUGGCUGUUUCAUUUACUAUCCUGAUGAAUGCUGGCUGUUCUACUUCAAGACUUAACAAGAUCUGACAUUAGUUUUUUUGGUUAGUAGUUUUGUUUUCUUUGGGGACCCUAUCGUUUGAAGAGCACCUGCAGCUGACAGUGGUACAACCACUCAACCAAAACAACUCAACUCUGAACUUUUUUUUUUUUUUUACUUUUGUUACAAAUUCAAUGUACCUCAGCAUUACUUCUGCUUAGAAUUGAAAAGAGAAGCAAGGAUGGACUCUUCUAAACACAGAAGGAAGAAAAAUGAGAAAGGUAGACACGGAUGAUGUUAAUUGAGGAUGGCAUCUGUCUGGUAUCAGUCAGCAAGCAAUUAUUUCAUGAUCUACUGUAACAGGAACUGUGAACAUAAUGUUUCAUAUUUUGCAUAUUUGUUGAAUGGAUGGUUAAGAAACUGUCUCUUUUGCUUUAGCCCACUUUUACACAUUUCCCUUUGUUUGCCAUAAAUAUUUAACAAUUACAUAUGACAAAAACAAAGGUUUUUUUUUUUUUUUUUUUUUUUUUUUCUGGCCAGUGCUUCUUUCAUGAAACAAGUUUUGCGGUGAACUCUGUUCUGGUGAGCGUGCUGUUUUGUUUCAUUUUUAUUUUAUUCAACCCAGGCUCAUUAAAAAUACCUGCUUGCGGUGACGUUUCUGCAACACUGAUAUUAUGUACAUCAUUGCAUGUUUUGCGGCAGUUACAAAGUAAAAUGUCCAGUGAGUGGUGCUAAAACACGUGUUUAAUACGUGACCGUGGCCACGUUUUUAUUACAUUGGUUCAGAUACAUAUGGCGGCGGUUCAGAAUGUAAAUGUCUGGGGAGUUUCGCUAAAAGGUCAAUGCUCUAUUGUACUGGGAAAUUACAUACUCCCUACACCAAACCCAACCUGACAGUGUUAUAGAUUGCAAAUGUGAUAAAAACACAUUCGCUGAUGCAACCGUGCUAUUUUAACAUACUUACAUGCAGUGUUGGGGUAACGCAUUACAAGUAACGCGAGUUACGUAAUAUUAUUACUUUUUCCAAGUAACUAGUAAAGUAACGCAUUACUUUUUAGUUGACAAGAAAAUAUCUGAGUUACUUUUUUCAAAUAAGUAACGCCAGUUACUUUUCCCCACAUUACUGAUUAAAAGCUCUCCUGAUUUUAGUCCUAGAAUAAAUGUGAACAUGCAUUAAUUAAUCUAAUUUACAAAAAAAAAACAGAUUGAGUAUUUCUCAAAAUUAAUAAAAACAGUGAAAUUCAACUCACAAUAUGAUGCAAACCUGCAGUAAUUAAGUAUGUUAAAUUAUACAAAUAUCCUUUAUGCAUUUAAUCCCAUUUUAUUAACCGAUGCUGACCUUCAGUGAUUCAGUUCUACCAUACUAAUAAGCAAAAAUUACUUCAGAUAAUCUAACAUUUAUUUUCCAUUUGUAACAUUUGUUAUUUAUUGCUGAAGAGUUAACUUUUUUUUUCUUCUGCUGUCUACUGUACAGAUGUGAAUUUACUUUUGUCAAAGCCUGAGGCUUUUGGUGUGAAAAGGCUUUUACAUUUGCCGAAAAUAGAACUUUUUAUAUUAAAAGCAAACAAGCAAGCCCUGCCCAGAUUUAAAAAGUAACACAAAAGUAAGGUAACACAUUACUUUCCCCAACACUGCUUAUAUGCGAGUUUGUGCUGUUUUGUCGCACUGGAGUGCUUCACUUCACAAGUGCAGUGCUGUAUCGGGUGAGCCACCGAGCAAAUUUACUGUGUUAAAAAGCCAAACAUAUGAAGCUGUAUAUGUGACGCUAACAUUCAGCAUUAACGUUUUUUUUAAGGUCAAAACAUCUGAAAAAUUAGGCUUUUUUAAUUGAAACUCCGGCCCUGUAAAUCAUAAUUUGUGUAAAAAGGACUAAAAGUGUCCGUUUUACUGCCUCUAGUGUUCAUUUCAACUGGAAACUGCAGCGAUUUGUACACCCAGGUAUGUUUUGCAGUAAUGUAGGUAGAGGUGUGUAUUUCCAAUGAGCCUGGGUAGGUGUUAUAAGUGGCACAUUAGCGCCCCCCUAGGUUACUGUCACAAAUUUCAUGUCAAUCCGUCGUAGCUUGAAAACCUUUGAAACCAAAUUUGUCCUUUCAAAAGCACUGAAUCCAUUGGCAUGUAUCACGAGUCGAUGAAUAGGUGACACCUUUGAUUUAAAAGAGUCGCUCUAGGAGGAUAUCUCAGGUAAAGUAAUGCCUUACCUAUAGCUUUUACCUUAGAAAGAUUUCACUCCGUCCCCUUCUGCCUCCGGCCGGCCAUGUUUAGCAGCAGGAUGAUGCCGACGAGGAAACUGCACAUGGGCCGCUCGCCCGUCUAGCCUGCCUUCUCUCAUUUCUGCCUGUUGUCAAUUGAAUGUACUUCAAGUUUUGUACAAGGUGCCACUGUUAAGCUGCCUCCUCCUACUGGUGCUAAGAGGGUAAUUGUAUUCGCCCAGAAAUGAUGACACAUGGAUUAUAAGAAUCGAAACCCUACUCCUCUCUUUAUGAAUGUACAAUAUAUGGUUCCGUUCGAUGUAUUCACAACACGAUUCUUUGUCAUUAAUUGGAAUUGCUUUUGCCUUUUUGUUGGAGAAAUUAUUGAGCUUUAUAAAUAUUGUCUAGAGUUGAUACCAGAGGGAUUCUUAAUUAACUCUCGACAUCACAAAAAUAUUGUAUAUUUUUCUCUGUGCCAAUUUGUAAGAUAUUUUGUAAGUGUAUAUUUUUCUUAGAAAGUGCUGUGAAGUAUUAGUAUGUGUGUGUGUGAGUAACCUUUUUUGUGCCUCUGUAGGCAGUGAAAAGGAUGUAUAAUGACAAGCUUUUGGUUUUAAAAACCAAAAUAUUAAGAAACAAAACAUGAAAAGAAAAAAAAAACACUACAUUUUGUUGCAAGUUUUGUAAGAGGAAACUUAUCUUGUUGUGAGAGUGUUGUGUUAUCGUGGAAAACACAUAUAGGCAAAAAAGUACAGACAAAAAUUGUGAACUAUUCGCUGUUUUAUAGAUUUUCAUGUAAAUUAUUCUUGUAUUAUUUUAUGUUGUAUCUGUUGCAAAGGUUUUAAAUAUUUGUGAUCAAGCCUGUAUGGUGAAAUGUAAUAUUGGUAACUUGCUGAGUUUUGUAAUAAUGUUUAUGGAGUACAUAUACAAAUUAAAAGGAGAUUUUGA